AUGGGCUCAUGGUUCAAGUCCUACUUUUAUAGCAUAGCGGAAUCGUCAUCGCAAUUUCACGCACAUCGCAAGGACAAUCGGAUAAUGUCUCGGAAAUGAUAACAUCAUUCUUGGGCGUUUCGGGAUGCCUUUGUAAACACGAUAUCUCUGGGACAUCCAGUAUGGACCAGGACGUUGGUGGUGUCCGGGCAACAUCCAUGUUCAACUUUGCUUGAUCGCAGCAACUUUGAUAAAUGCAAAGAAACGUUGAUAACAUUGCACCAACCAAACGCUGCCACAUUCGACAACAUUGCAACAAUGCUGCGUGCUAACAAUAGUAGGGCAUCUCAAGUGGAUUGACGAAAGAAAUCACCAUCGGUAGAGGUCACGUAGGGCAAACAUGAGGGAGUCCCUCCUUUGGCUUUCAGUUUUUCUCCAAUGUACUCAACGUCUUAGUGCCGACGUCAUCCACAAGAAUGUGUCCCUUAACCUUGAUGUUCUCGGUGUACGGGUCAUUAGACCACAGCAGUGCAACGGCGACGAUGAGUGUGAUGAUGGGACGCCAGGAAGCUGGCAGAAAGUACCACGAGGAGACUAUAUUUGGUUAAGGGUACAAAACUCUCCAGAGAAUGGCACUCGGAAACUUCUGGUGAAAAAGAAAAAACAACGAUCCGAAUUGUCCAGCAACAACGAGAGUGCAACCUUUCAAACGGGUGUGGAAACAGGAAAUGCGUUUGCUCUAAAGGAUCUUGAAGGAUUUCCAGAUUCUCUCCUCCGGUCCUUGAUAGGACGACAAAAAAGGCCAAAUGACACAACAAAUCAAGAUAUUGCAAAGGAAAAUGCAUCGACUGCGCUUAGCUCGCCACAGAUUAAUUCCACGGAAGUGACGAAUAAAUCGUUAUUUUACGUAAGAGGCAGAAGACAAGGCCCUUUGAGGUUUGGACGUCCACUUGGACAACAAGGUUCAGCACAGAGACCUCUCCAGCCACGGGGAAGACCACCGCUAAUGCCAGGACCACAUAAAUAUCCCCAGAGACGGCCAACACAAUCUGGUCCAAGACGACUUGGUCCACAACAGCCUGACAACACACAACGAGUGCCACAAAAGCUACCUCAAGUAGGAAGAGCUCCACCACGACCCAGACCUGCAGCACCGCCCUCUGGCUCGAGAUUUCUUCGUCCAACAAAACAACCAACGCCACCCAUAAACAUGAGACCACCGGGGCUACCGAGGAUGCAACCGCCACGAGGAAGACCUCUUGGGGCCUCACGUAUUUCACCGUCACACACGAGACCUCUUGGUCCACCAAGGCCGCCAAAGCCGCCCUCGGGCAUGAGAUCACAGGGCUCGCCGAGACUCUCACCGCCAGCAAAGAGACCUCCCGGGACCCCACUUCUUCCACUAACUGGCCCGCGACCUCCUGGUUCACAAAAAUCGGCAGUGCCACCCUCAGGCAUGAGAUCACCGGGGCAACCGAGGGUCCCACCACCACGAGGAAGACUCCCCGGCUCUCUGCAUCUUCCACCGCCUGGCCUGAGACCUCCUGGUUCACCAAAACUGCAAAUGUCACCUCCAGGCAUGAGAUCACCGGUACCGCCGAGACUUAUUCCGACAGCAAGAAGACCCCACGGUUCCCCACGUGUUCCGGCGCCUGGCCCGAGGCCUCCAAGACCACUAAAACCACCAAUGCCGCCCACAGGCGUGAGAUCACCAGUGCUAGCGAGGAUCCCGCCACCACGAGGAAAACCCCCCGGUCCUCCGCGUCUUCCACCGCCUGGCCCGAGACUUCCUGGUCCACAAAAACCGCCAAUAGCGUCCCCAGGUCUGAGAUCACCAGGGCCGCCAAGACUCACACCGCCAGCAAGAAUACUCCCCGGGCCCUCAAAUGUUCUGCCGCCUAGUCUAAGACGUUCCGGACCACAAAGACCGCCAAUGUCGCCCCCAGGUAUGAGAUCAGCGGUGUCACCGAGGCUUCAACCCGCACCAGGAAGACUCCCCGGGUCAUCACGUCUUCCACUGCAUGGCGCGAGACCGCCUGGUCCACCAAAGCCACCAGGCUUAAGAUCACGAGGUUCACUGAGGCUUCCACCGCCAUCAGGAAGACCUCAAAGCCCCCCACGUCUUCCACUGUCUGUCUCGAGACCUCCUGUUCCACCAAAUCCACCAGUGCUACCACCAGGCGUGAGAUCACGGGGUCCACCGAGGCUCGCACCACCAGCAGGAAGACCUCCCAGCCCCCCACGUCUUCCACCAUCUGACUCGAGACCUCCACCAAAGCCACCAGGCGUGAGAUCACGGGGUUCACAAAGGCUUCCACCGCUAUCAGGAAGACCUCAAAGCCCCCCACGUCUUCCACCGUCUGUCUCGAGACCUCCUGUUCCACCAAAGCCACCAGUGCUCCCACCAGGCGUGAGAUCACAGGGUCCACCGAGGCUCGCACCACCAGCAGGAAGACCUCCCAGCCCCCCACGUCUUCCACCGUCUGGCUCGAGACCUCCUGGCCCACUGAAACCGCCUAUGAUACCACCAGGCGUGAGAUCACCAGGUCCACUGAGGCUCCCACCGCCACCUGGAAGGCCCCCCAGCCCCCCGCGUCUUCCACCAUCUGGCUCGAGACCUCCUGUUCCACCAAAGCCACCAGUGCUCCCACCAGGCGUGAGAUCACAGGGUCCACCGAGGCUCGCACCACCAGCAGGAAGACCUCCCAGCCCCCCACGUCUUCCACCAUCUGGCUCGAGACCUCCUGGUCCACAGAAGCCACCUAUGCUACCACCAAGCGUGAGAUCACGGGGCCCACUGAGGCUCUCACCACCACCAGGAAGGCCCCCCAGCCCCCCACGUCUUCCACCGUCUGGCUCGAGACCUCCUGGCCCACUGAAGGCGCCUAUGAUACCACCAGGCGUGAGAUCACCGGGUCCACUGAGGCUCCCACCGCCACCUGGAAGGCCCCCCAGCCCCCCGCGUCUUCCACCAUCUGGCUCGAGACCUCCUGGUCCACCAAAGCCACCAAUGCUGCCACCAGGCAUGAGAUCACAGGGUUCACUGAGGCUCCCACUGCCACCAGGAAGGUCCGCCAGCCCCCCGCGUCUUCCCCCGUCUGGCUCGAGACCUCCUGGGCCACUGAAGCCACCUAAGCUACCACCAGGCGUGAGAUCACGGGGUCCACUGAGGCUCGCACUGCCAGCAGGAAGACCUCCCAGCCCCCCACGUCUUCCACCGUCUGGUUCGCGACAUCCUGGUCCACCAACGCCACUAGUGCUACCACCAGGCGUGAGAUCACGGGGUUCACUAAGGCUUCCACCGCCACCCGGAAGGCCUCCCAGCCCCCCACGUCUUCCACCAUCUGGCUCGAGACCUCCUGGUCCGCGGAAACCACCUAUGGCACCACCAGAGGUGAGAUCACGGGGUCCAAUUAGGCUCCCACCGGCACCAGGAAGGCUCCCCAGCCCCCCACGUCUUCCAUCGUCUGGCUCGAAACCUCCUGGUCCACCAAAGCCACCAAUGCUGCCACCAGGUGUGAGGUCACGGGGUCCAAUGAGGCUUCCACUGCCACCAGGAAGGCCCCCCAGCCCCCCACGUCUUCCCCCGUCUGGCUCGAGACCUCCUGGUCCACUGAAGCCACCUAUGCUACCACCAGGCGUGAGAUCACGGGGUCCACUGAGGCUCCUACCGCCACCCGGAAGGCCCCACAGCCCCCCGCGUCUUCCACCGACUGGCUCGAGACCUCCUGGUCCACCAAAGCCAUCAAUGCUGCCACCAGGCAUGAGAUCACGGGGUCCACUGAGGCUCCCACCACCAGCAGGAAGGGCCCCCAGCCCCCCACGUCUUCCAUCGUCUGGCUCGAAACCUCCUGGUCCACCAAAGCCACCAAUGCUACCACCAAGCAUGAGAUCACGGGGUCCACUGAGGCUCCCACCGCCACCUGGAAGGCCCCCCAGCCCCCCGCGUCUUCCAUCGUCUGGCUCGAAACCUCCUGGUCCACCAAAGCCACCAAUGCUACCACCAAGCAUGAGAUCACGGGGUCCACUGAGGCUCCCACCGCCACCUGGAAGGCCCCCCAGCCCCCCGCGUCUUCCACCGUUCAGCUCGAGACCUCAUGGUCCACCAAAGCCACCAAUGCUGCCACCAGGCAUGAGAUCACAGGGUCCACUGAGGCUCCCACCACCACCAGGAAGGCCCCCCAGCCCCCCACGUCUUCCAUCGUCUGGCUCGAAACCUCCUGGUCCACCAAAGCCACCAAUGCUACCACCAAGCGUGAGAUCACGGGGUCCACUGAGGCUCCCACCGCCACCCGGAAGGCCGCCCAGCCCCCCACGUCUUCCACCCCCUGGCUCGAGACCUCCUGGUCCACAGAAGCCACCUAUGCUACCAUCAGGCCUGAGAUCACGGGGUCCACUGAUGCUCCCACCACCACCAGGAGGGCCCCCCAGCCCACCACGUCUUCCACCGUCUGGCUCGAGACCUCCUGGUCCACUCAAGCCACCUAUAGUACCACCAGGCGUGAGAUCACAGGGUCCACUUAGGCUACCACCGCCACCAGGAAGGCCCACCAGCCCCCGACGUCUUCCAUCAUCUGGCUGGAGACCUCCUGGUCCACCAAAGCCACCAAUGCUACCACCAGGCGUGAGAUCACGAGGUCCACUGAGGCUCCCACCGCCCCCAGGAAGACCCCCCAACCCGCCAUAUCUUCCACCACCUGGAGUGAGGCUUCCUGGUCCACCACAACCGCCAAUGCCACCCCCAGGCAUGAGGUCACCGGUGCCGCCGAGACUUUUACCACCGUCAAGAAUACCCCCCGGAUCCCCACGUGUUCCGCCGCCUGGCCCGAGACUUCCUGGACCACAAAAACCGCCAAUGCCUCCCCUAGGCAUGAAAUCACCGGGAUCACCGAGGCUUCCAGCGCCAAAGGGAAAACACCAUGGGCUAUCACGCCUUCCACUGCAGAGCGUGAGACCGCCUGGUCCACCAAAGUCACCAGUGCCAUUACCAGGCGCGAGAUCUAGGGGCCCACUGGGGCUCUCACCACCAUCAGAAAAAAAAAACGGCGCCCCACGUCUACCACCGUCUGGCUUGAGACCUCCUGGUCCACCAAAACCACCAAUACCGUACCCAGGCGUGAGAUCACCGGGGCCACCAAGGCUCCCUCUGCCACUAGGAAGACCGCCCAUGCCCCCACAUCUUCUGCCAUCCCGCCCAGUACCUCUUGGUCCACCAAAGUCACCAAUGCCACCCCCAGGCAUAAGACCACCGGUUCUCCCAUCGCUGCCGCAAAGACUCCCCGUGUCCUCACGACUUCUACAGAAAGGACCGAGACCUCCUGGUCCCCUCAAACCACUCACAACCAUGCCGUUACCGGGCCCACCGAGACUCGUAUCGUUACCAAGAAGACCCCCCGAACCCCUACGUUCUCUGAAGCCCGUCUCGAGACCUCCCGGACGACUGGCACCUUUUGCGCCUGCUAAAGGACCGCUUCGUUCACCAAUACCGCCACCACGAAUGCGGCCACCCGGGCCUCUGUCAGCACCAGGCAUGCAAUUUCCUCCGCAGCCUCCUGGCAUCAUUUCUCUUGGGCAACACGGCAGGAGACGUCUACCAACUCUACCGUCACCAGGCAUGCCACCUGUUCUGCCGCCACACCCUGGAAAAAGACGCCCGAAACCAUCAGUACCAGGUAUAAGACCUCUGUCCACAGGUGUGAAAUCAUCAGCUCGGAAAAGGCCCUCACCACUGAGGAGACCUCCUAAACCAGCAGCAUACCCAGCAAUGAGACUUCCGGCACGGCUUUCACCAGUGCCGUCCAGGUCAUUAUUGACGAAACCCCCAUUAACGCCCUCCCCACUGCAAUUUUUACCUGCGCAGAAACGGCAUCCAGUAAAACGUCCUCCGCCGAUGGCACGGGGCCCUCUGAAUCCCUUAACUCCAAGUCAGAGACCACCUGGGAGGCAAAUUGUCGGAAAACGGUUAACCACUAAAGAAGAGCAAGAAGCUACUUGUCCUCCAGAGGACACCGAGAGAACGACACGUGUCCUUUGCACAACACUGAUAAAGAAAUCAUGCUUUGUGGUGGAAGAUAAGACGCUAAAUAGCAAGGAAACGGCCCCUACGAAAUAUGAAACGACAACGCCCGUUAAAAGGUUUGGAGUCAAGGCCUUUUUCAGGGGCCAACCCAAGUUGGAAGAAAAUGACAACACGACGACCAAGAGCUCAAAGAAAUCUUUUCAAGGCACCGCUUACUUUCGAGGCAAGGGUAGUUCAUCUUCCACAAGCAAGCUUUCCUGCGCGUUGUACGCUAUCCUUGGUCCACUCGCACUUACCAUUGGGUUUGGACUGUGGUACUGGUGGAAAGAAGGGCGGAAACGAAGAAGCUAUCGUCUCCUAGGCACUUUUCAUGACUCAAAGUACCCAGAAUUUCAUUUCGAUCCCAACUGCGACGACUGUGAUUACAAAAAAGCGCGACGGAUUGAAACAGCUUAAAGCCAGGUGCAUUGUACACAUUGCCCACAGAUAUAAAGUUGGUAACGCUCGAAAAUGCUUCAUUAAGCGCGUUCAAAAGAAGUACACAUCCGAUCGUUAUAAUUAGGCAUAUCUAUAAUGGCGAAUUCCAUUGGUUGAGCCACGUCAAGGUUUUGCUCCACGAAGGUGGGGAAGUCUACACAUCUGUUUGAGUCAAGAUUAAUGAAAGGGCCUCGCAUGAAUAAUCCUAUCUGAGUGUGAGAAAAAAUCUUGUAAACAUGAGUGUGUAUCAUCUUCACCAGCUCGCUUGCUUCUUAGCAAUUUUUUUAAUGUAUUAUGUGUUGCAGGAGCUUAGAGCAGUCUGUUAUACAGUCUGUAAUUGGAAUGCGCACUUUUGUUUCCACUCUUAUUCGGGAUCACUUUACCAAGGCGCCAGUCUGAACCUGUGCUAGAUAAACAGAUUACAAUGGUGUACUGUAGAAACAUUUCCUCGAGUUUGAGGAACACACAAGACGGUGAGGCAGCGUCAGUGGACAGCGACAUGUAUGCGCAGAAACCGCCUUGAAGGUUAGACAUUGUACAUAUAGCGCACAGGCAAGCUUCAGAGUACCGCCGCCGCCGCGAUUGCUAUUGGCCGGAGGUAUGGUGGGCUAGAAAAGACUGCAUGGUGUGCCGAACGCAGGUUGUUGAGAUAGCGCCAAGCGUGAUUGGUCACCUGCCGUUAGUCCAUGAGCGCACCUUUUCUUAGCCACGAACCAAGGUGCACUUCGGGUGUCACCAAGAGCAGCAAACGAAUGGGGCAUCUGUUCUGAUCAGGGGCGCCGUCACAGGGGGCUUCAGCAAGUAAACUUUGCCGUUGCAACACAAUCACAAAUUAUGAUUCCUUUAUUUUCUCUACGUUCCAGAUACGUAGGGUUUCUGAGCCAAGACAAUGUAGUUUGAGCACAGCCGACUCACAAGAAUUACAUGCAGAUCCCGUAACGUGAAUACGACCACCCCAAACAUUAUGCCCCCCUGCCCCCAAAAAUCCUGGCGGCGCCUAUGUUGCGUCGGCCCGUCCCGAUCGGCACUCGUAUCUUGCGACAUAC